UCGUGGCUGCGGAUCCGUGGGGCGCCGGACGCUCUGCGCUGCUGACCCGCUCCGGGAGCCGGUUCACGUUGGUCCGCGCCUUUGUUCUGGGUCAGCACGGGGACAUGCGCCGCUGAGGAUGGAGGUGGAGGACUCGGGCGGCGUGGUGCUGACCGCCUACCACUCCCACGCGCGCUCGCAACCGCAGGGGGCAGAGCCACGCUGCGCGCCCCGGGCCGCCGCCAGCCACCCGCUCAGCAGAAAAUCCAUCCCUCGCUGCCGAAGAAUUAACAGGAUGCUCUCCAGUGAGUCCCUGCCUCCCCAUGCCUUCAGUCGCUCCAACUCUCAAGCCUCCGUAGACAGCAGCGCAUCCAUGGAGGAGUUCUGGCGGGAAAUCGAGAGUAUCAAAGAGAACAGCAGCAUGGGGACCCAGGAAGAGCAGUCGCCCACCGCCGAGGUCAAGCCUGUGGACGAGGGAGAACUUGAAGCCGAGUGGCUACAAGAUGUGGGAUUGUCAACUCUGGUCUCUGGCCACGAAGAGGACGACGGCAAAGCCCUCCUGUCUACACUGACCCGGACGCAAGCAGCCGCAGUGAAGAAGAGAUACAACACGUACACCCAGACGCUGAGGAAAAAGAAUAAGCAACCUGUCAGGGACGUCAGAGAUGUCUUUGGAGUCAGCGCAUCUCCUCCGAGUGAUCCGUGUGACCGUGCUGCUCAGCUGGAUGGUACCAAGGAGGAAAAGGAGCCGCCAGGAGUUACCAAAACAAACAGACCUCUGCCAGAUGAUGCCUCUCCCAACAGUUGCGCCCUCUCCAAUGGUGCCCAGGAGGAAGAAGGUAGUUUUGUGGACCUCCAGAGUGGCUCCGUGUCCAUACUUGAGGCCAUCCCAGAUAUUCCUGUCCACACCAACGGAUCUGCGGACCCCAAGCAGCCAGUUCAUACUGCAUUGAGUGAUGAUGCCUAUCUAGCAAAGAGCGUUCCGCCAGAGGGUGAAGAGCUGUCCUUUGAGGUGUCUUACUCAGAAAUGGUGACAGAGAUGCCAGAGAGAAAUAAAUGGAAGAAGUCAGACAUUAAGAAAGAAGACUAUACCUUAACUAAAUUCACUGUUCAGAAAACCAGAUUUGGGUUGACCGAGACAGGAGACCUGUCUGCCGAAGACAUGAAGAAAAUCCGCCACCUCUCUCUGAUUGAAUUGACAGCCUUCUUUGAUGCUUUUGGAAUACAGCUGAAAAGAAGCAAGACUGAGCGAGUGAAAGGCCGAGACACCGGGGUUUUCGGGGUACCGCUAACAGUCCUCCUGGACAGCGACCGGAAGAAGGACCCUGCAGUGAAAGUUCCUCUUGUGCUACAGAAGUUUUUUCAGAAAGUCGAGGAAUCGGGUCUGGAAUCCGAAGGAAUUUUUCGGCUUUCGGGAUGUACCGCCAAAGUCAAGCAGUACCGCGAAGAACUGGACACCAGGUUCAACGCUGAUAAAUUCAAGUGGGACAAAAUGUGUCAUAGAGAGGCUGCGGUCAUGUUGAAAGCGUUCUUCAGGGAGCUCCCCACCUCUCUCUUCCCCGUGGAGUAUAUACCCGCCUUCAUCACCCUGACGGAAAGGGGUCCCGACAUCAAAGUGCAACUUCAAGCCUUGCACCUCAUGGUCAUGGCCCUGCCUGACGCCAACAGGGACACAGCCCAGGCUCUGAUGACAUUCUUCAAUAAAGUGAUCGCCAAUGAAUCAAAAAACCGCAUGAGCCUGUGGAACAUUUCCACGGUGAUGGCGCCCAACCUGUUCUUCAGCAGAAGCAAGCAGUCGGACUGCGAGGAGUUGCUGCUAGCCAACACUGCGGCCCACAUCAUCCGCCUGAUGCUGAGAUACCAGAAAAUUCUGUGGAAGGUUCCAUCUUUCUUGAUCACCCAAGUGAGAAGGAUGAAUGAAGCCACCAUGCUGUUGAAGAAGCAGCUCCCGAGUGUGAAGAAGCUGCUCAGGAGGAAGACUCUGGAACGGGAGGUUUCAAGCCCAAAGACCUCAAAGGUACCACAAAAAUCGCCUACUUCAAGACGAAUGUCUGACGUACCGGAAGGCGUCAUAAGGGUCCACGCCCCACUUCUGUCCAAAGUUUCGAUGGCCAUACAGCUCACCAGUCAGACCAAAGCCAAAGACAUCCUGGCGAAAUUUCAGUGUGAGAACAGUCACAGUUCAUCCGGAUGUAUUAAGAUGCAGAACCAAAGGCUAUACGAAGUUGGAGGGAACAUAGGACAACACUGCUUGGAUCCCGAAGCAUAUAUAUUGGACGUGUAUCAUGCAAAUCCUCACGCAGAAUGGGUCAUUAAGCCUUAGCCAAGUCUUUAAAAUAUGCCCGAGAUGGCUCCUGCCUUGUAUCAUAUGCCAAGAAGACCCUGCAUUUUAGUGUGGGGGAAGACACUGCCCUGAGGUAUUUGCCCUUGGAACCCUGGUUCUCCGGGAGGGGUGGUGCCAUCAGCUCUGGCAAUACGCCCUACAGAGG